UGCCUUGUUCAUGUGUUCGGGGUCUGUGGAAUAAAAGACAAAGUUAAUUCCCCUCUGUCUCAUAUGUGAGCUGCAUCCAAGAAUAUUACAGACUGAGGGGAAUAUAAGUGAAGAAGUGAUGUAACUUUAAUUGUGCUUCUUUUUUUUUUUUUUCAUUUUGGAGCCUGACAGUCUCCUUUUUAACAAAUGUUUUAUGAAAAUGUGCAGCAAGGAUAUAAGUUUGCCUUUUGUGUUCACCAUAGGCGAGAAAGUCAUACAGGUUUGGAACAACAUGAUGAUGUUCAUCAUGAGAGAGCAGGUGGAUGUGAUUCACGCUGGAGAACAGCAGAUGCUGCAGACACCAGUGAAGAUUGAAGUGAAGCAGGAGGAGAUAAAAGAAGAAAACACAGCAGCGGAACAACAGAGUGAUGAAGAUGAGGAUGAAACCAAAGCAGAGGAACAACAGAGUGAUGAAGAUGAUGAUGAAACCGCAACAGAAGAACAACAGAGUGAUGAAGAUGAUGAUGAACAGCAGACACCAGUGAAGAUGUGUUCAGUGAAGCUGCUGGACUGCAGGAACCUGAUGAAGAUGAGAGGAAAAACCACAGCAGAGGAAGAACAGAGUGAUGAAGAUGAUGAUGAUUUUAUUCCAGCAGAGCUGAACGAAGUGGAGGAGGAACAGCAUGAUUUCAUAACUGGAGAAAAAUCUUUAAGUGGCUCAAAGACAGAAGACAAUCUCUCACCUAAAAAGCCUCGAAGAACAGCCAAGAAAGCUUUCACCUGCUCUCAAUGUGGAAAUUGGUUUACACAUAAAAGAGAUCUUAGUAAACACAUGAGAGUUCAUACUGGAGAGAAACCUUACACAUGCUAUCAGUGUGGAAAAAGUUUUGCAUAUGCAACAAAUCUCAAGAGUCAUCUCUUUUGUCACUCUGGAGAAAAGUCAUUUGAAUGUGACAAGUGUGGUAAAACAUUUGUUCUGGCACAGUACCUAAAACAACAUCUGAAAACUCAGACAAAUGAGAAGCCUUACAAGUGUUCUUCUUGUGGAAAGAGUUUUACACGCCUGUUCUAUUUGAAACAGCACCAGAAAAUACAUACUGGUGUGGCAGCUCACAUGUGCUUUGAAUGUGAAAAGACCUUUAUUACAGCUGGCAUCUUGAAACGGCACCAAAUAAUUCAUACUGGAGAAAAACCUUUCAAGUGCUCACACUGUAAAAAAAGUUUCACUCAGUCACAAGACCAGAAAACACAUGAGAGAACUCAUACUGGAGAGAAACCUUAUAAGUGCUCACACUGUGGAAAGAGUUUCACUAAGUCAGUACACCUGAAAACACAUGAGAGAACUCAUACUGGAGAGAAACCUUACAAGUGCUCACACUGUGGAAAGAGUUUCACUCAGUCAGAACACCUGAAAACACAUGAGAGAACUCAUACUGGAGAGAAACCUUAUAAGUGCUCACACUGUGGAAAGAGUUUCACUAAGUCAGUAAACCUGAAAACACAUGAGAGAAUUCAUACUGGAGAGAAACCAUACAAGUGCUCACACUGUGGAAAGAGUUUCACUAAGUCACAUCACCUGAAAACUCAUGAGAGAUUUCAUACUGGAGAGAAACCUUACAAGUGCUCACACUGUGAAAAGAGUUUCACUCAGUCAGAAAUCCUGAAAACGCACGAGAGAAUUCAUACUGGAGAGAAACCAUACAAGUGUUCACACUGUGAAAAGAGUUUCACUCAGUCACAUCACCUGAAAACACACGAGAGAAUUCAUACAGGAGAGAAACCAUACAAGUGUUCACACUGUGAAAAGAGUUUCACUAAGUCAGUAAACCUGAAAACACACGAGAGAAUUCAUACAGGAGAGAAACCUUACAAGUGCUCACACUGUGGAAAGAGUUUCACUAAGUCACAUCACCUGAAAACACACGAGAGAUUUCAUACUGGAGAGAAGCCUUACAAGUGCUCACACUGUGGAAAGAGUUUCACUCGGUCAGUAAACCUGAAAACACAUGAGAGAAUUCAUACAGGAGAGAAACCAUACAAGUGUUCAAACUGUGAAAAGAGUUUCACUCAGUCAGAAAUCCUGAAAAGACACGAGAGGUUUCAUACUGGAGAAAAACUUUACACGUGCCAUCAGUGUGGAAAAAGUUUUGCAUAUGCAACCAAUCUCAAGAGUCAUCUCUUUUGUCACUCUGGAGAAAAGUCAUUUGAAUGUGAUCAGUGUGGUAAAACAUUUGUUCUGGCACAGUACCUAAAACAACAUUUGAAAACUCACACAAAUGAGAAGACUUACAAGUGUUCUUCUUGUGGAAAGAGUUUUACACGCCUGUUCUAUUUGAAAGAGCACCAGAAAAUACAUACUGGUGUGGCGGCUCAUAUGUGCUUUGAAUGUGGGAAGACCUUUACUACAGCCAGCAGCUUGCAACGGCACCAAAUAAUUCAUACUGGAGAAAAACCUUACAGGUGCUCACACUGUGAAAAGAGUUUCACUCUGUCACAAGACCUGAAAAAACACGAGAGAAUUCAUACUGGAGAGAAACCAUACAAGUGCUCACACUGUGAAAAGAGUUUCACUCUGUCACAUCACCUGAAAACACACGAGAGAAUUCAUACUGGAGAGAAACCAUACAAGUGCUCACACUGUGAAAAGAGUUUCACUCGGUCAGAAACACUGAAAACACACAAGAGAUUUCAUACUGGAGAGAAACCUUACAAGUGCUCACAUUGUGGAAAGAGUUUCACUCGGUCAGAAACACUGAAAACACACGAGAGAAUUCAUACUGGAGAGAAACCAUACAAGUGCUCACACUGUGAAAAGAGUUUCACUCGGUCAAAAAAACUGAAAACACAUGAGAGAAUUCAUACAGGAGAGAAACCAUACAAGUGCUCACACUGUGGAAAGAGUUUCACUCAGUCAGAACAACUAAAAACUCACGAGAGAUUUCAUACUGGAGAAAAACCUUACAAUUGCUCACAUUGUGGAAAGAGUUUCACUCGGUCAGAAACACUGAAAACACACAAGAGAAUUCAUACAGGAGAGAAACCUUACAAGUGCUCACACUGUGGAAAAAGUUUCACUCAGUCAAAAAAACUGAAAACACACGAGAGAAUUCAUACAGGAGAGAAACCAUACAAGUGCUCACACUGUGGAAAGAGUUUCACUCAGUCACAUCACCUGAAAAUGCACAAGAGAAUUCAUACUGGAGAGAAACCUUACCACUCAGGGCCUGAAAUUCAUUUCUGAAAAUGAGGAUGGAAUUCCCCCCUUAAGGCCUCAAUAUACUUCCUACAAAAUGAAAAAAUGAAUGGGUGUGACAUCAUUUAGAACAAAAUUUUAUUUUGUUUUUGCAUUCGUUGCGGUGGUUUGUAACAGCUCGCUGGGGUGAACUUUUAGGAAAACAUUUUAACAGCUGCUAAACACCUUCUUACUGCCGUUGGUCCACGUCAUCGGUAGGUGUGACCUGGAGCUCCAGCUACCUUGAUGCCGAUGGGUAAUUUUAUUUAUGUUGUUCAGUGAGUCAAAAUCAGUCAACAUGAACACAUUGAUGUGCAGAGUUAUUCGCAAGCUGGUGCAAAUGUACCUACAUCUGUACGACUGUUCGCUUAGAGACAUUUUCCAAGACCAAGUCACUUUUCUCAAUUCCUGUAUAGGUCAGAUAGAACCAAGGUCAGAAAUCAACUUUUCCAUUAAGGGGCAAUAUUUUAUUUCCAUUGGGAUUUUGUACCUUUACAAGGGCAAUUUUUUCUAUUCUAACCUUAUAAAAUGACUGUGUCAUCCUUUUAUGUUAUAAUUUAAACAGUUAUUUAAAUUUGAAAAGUGGUAUGUUUCAAUAAUUACAAAAUUGCAUGAUCUGUACAUUGCGUAUGUGCAUUGUUACUGAAACUUUCUUUUUCUCAUUCACAUAUUUCCAAAUAUUUUGGCUAAUAGAUUAUCAUAGCCUACAAAACUAAUGCACCGACAUAGAGGAGGUGGUGACUGUAUUUCUCCAGAUUUGGAAUGAGGAGCUUAAAAAGAACAUAGCAACUCUUUUAUUAAUAAUGUUCAAAGUGGGCUCACAUUGACUGAUUCAAUCACAAUGGAGAUUAAUUUGUUUAUAGAAUACUUCAGAUGUAAUGAAAUGUCAAAUGUGAUUGAAAUAAACAAGAAAUUAUGCAUCCUUAAGUAUUAUCUUAAUUUGUUACUCAAAAAAUCAUCAUGCUGUCUCAAAAGUAUUUGCCUAAGUUGUCAAAUUGUGCCCUAUAACUAUUGCCCUGGUAUCUACACUAUCAAUACAACCCCUGA